CAGGAGAGAGACAACCCGCCCACAUUCUGUGCUUGCAGCUCAGGAAACGAAACUGAAAGAGUCACAGAGAGCCGCCUGGGGCUACCGCCAGCAGCAGCAGCAGCAGCAGCGUUGGACAAGCUCAGCAUGGCUUUUCAGCAGCCUAUUCUGAACCCAACUGUCCCCUUUUCUGGACCCAUCUUUGGAGGCCUGUAUGAAGGGAAAAUGGUGUUAAUCCAAGGAAUAGUCCAAACCUUCGUGAAAAGUUUUGGGGUGAACCUGCGGUGCGGGAAUGGGGACAUCGCCUUCCACUUAAAUCCGCGUUUCAACGAGGACCGCCCGGUGGUUGUGUGCAACACCGAGCAGAAUGGCUGCUGGGGGGCGGAGGAAAGGACCUACCGCAUGCCCUUCCAGCCAGGCAUCUACUUCGAAGUGAUCAUCAAUGUCAAGGGCCACUGCUAUCAGGUCUCUGUGAAUGGUCAGCACCUCCUGGAGUACAGACACCGCCUUUCCCUUCAUACUGUCCAGAUCCUGGAAAUCAAAGGGGACGUGACUGUGAACUGCAUCAACUUCACAAACCCCAGCGGUCUGCAAGGGCAGGCAGCCCCUGCUUACGGAAUUCACUCCAGCAGUAUCUCCAAUGUGUUUGCCCAGACAGUCUUCGGGGCUCCAGCUCCCAGAAGGAAGAAAGUGAAGAACUUCCCAGGACAGGUGUCAGCUGCCUUGCACAACACUCCUGUGACUGUGACCAACCCUGUCGUUCCCAUUCCAAGUGGCAUCCCAGGGAAUAUCGCCCAGGACCGCAAGAUCACAAUUAUGGGGAACGUGCCUUUCCAUGCAAACAGCUUCUACGUCAAUCUGAAAAACAGCAUGACUGGCAACAUUGCCCUGCACUCACACCCACGGCUGAAGGAGAAGGCGCUGGUUCGGAACACCCAAAGCCAUGGCACGUGGGGCUCAGAGGAGAGGCACGUCGCCAUCCUGCCUUUUGUGCCAGGCCAGGCUUUCCAGAUGGAGAUAAUGAACACGAGGAACUGCUACCAGGUCUCGGUGAAUGGGCUGCGUGUGUUUGACUAUGUCCAUCGCAUCCCUGCCAACCAGGUGGACCAGCUACAGAUAGCAGGGGAUGUGACACUCUCCUUUGUGCAGUACUAAUGGCCCCACCUGGGCCACUAAAUUCUCAUUAUUUUACUCAACCCACUGGGCUGAGUCUCAUCUUCCACUCCACUCCACAGCCCUCCAUCUUCCACAGCCCUCUCAUCAUCUUCAUUCAACAGCUCCACUGCUGAGCCUGGAGAUCUCAGCCACCAAAUCUCACAUCAUACAGAAACUUGGAAGUCUCGGGGCUUGGGGGAGGGAAGGGCUUCUCUCAUUGUCUCUUUUUUUAAUCUAUAUACAUUUCUGAUACUGUAGAUUAGAGCAGUGGUUCUCAAUCUUUCCAGACUACUAUACCCCUUUCAGCAGUUUGAUUUAUCUUGCGUAUUACAAGUUUUACCUCACUUAAUAACUACUUGCUUACAAAUCAGAGAUAAAAAUAUCAAUGUGUCACAGCACACUAUUACUGAUAAGGUGCUUACUUCCUCAUGUUUACCAUAUAAUUAUAAAAUAAAUCAACUAGAAUAUCAAUAUUGAACUUA